ACAGAUUUUUUGUGUCUGUCAACCAUCGUCAGUUCUCAGUAGUAACGCAGUUACACAACAUAAACACUGUUAUAUUCUUUAAAUACUCUCGGGUCUGGACUGUUUCUUUAAAGAGACCCCAGCGUCUCACUUAACGGCGGCUUUGUCAGUCGGAUGAGACCAGCAAAAGAGCUGCACUGACAGUGCCUGGAAUAAAUAAGGCAUUCCUAUCCAUCCCUCUGUCCACCCCUACCUCCCUCUCUCCUCUUGUGGCUGUAAAUAAGCUGGGGCUGUGUAGACCCUUGAGAGGCCCUCCCCCUCCCACUCUUCCCCACCACUGUGCCCCCCCUUCUAACUCCCCUGCCCACUCAGACUCUGCUGCUGCUGUUUAUGUUGCUGAAAGGCGCCAGGGAGAUGCUCAGAUGAUCCAUUGGGCCAUCCUGAACCACAUCGUCCAUACAGCCCAAGGCAGGGAAGACUAACUACUGCGAGUGUGAGAGAGCCCUUCGAGGGUGCUGUGAGUACCCUGUGAGGCCCGCCCUCCCGCCAAGCCUGGCAGAAAGCUUGGCUUGCCCCUUCACUUCUCCAGCCCCUGAGAUGCCCUCCCCUCCCAAUGAAGGAGAGGAUCAAGGAGCGUCCCCCGUGAACAGGCCAUCUGUGGGCUCGUACCGCAGCAGCGGGAAGAGAAAAGUGCGCACCAAAAAGAAGAAAGGCACUAUCACCGCCAAUGUCACUGCCACCAAAUAUGAGAUUGUUCGUAUAGUCAUCAAAGAGGUGGACUACAUCAAGACCCGGGAAGAUGACGAGACCGCCAACCUCAUUUGGAAUGACUCGGCCGUGCAGCACGAGAAAAUCGCUGAGCUCAGGAAUUAUCAGAGAAUUAACCAUUUCCCUGGCAUGGGCGAAAUCUGCCGGAAGGACUGCCUAGCAAGAAACAUGUCCAAAAUGAUCAAGUGCCAGCCUCAAGAGUACAGCUUCAUUCCCAAAACCUGGAUCUUCCCAGCCGAAUACACUCAGUUCCAGAACUAUGUCAAGGAGCUCCGCAGGAAGCGCAAGCAGAAGACCUUUAUCGUCAAACCCGCCAACGGAGCCAUGGGUCACGGGAUCUCGCUUAUCCGUAACUGUGAGAAGCUGCCAGCCCAGGAACACUUUAUCGUUCAGGAGUACCUGGACAAGCCCUUCCUGAUGGAGGGCUACAAGUUUGACCUGCGCAUCUACAUCCUCGUCACUUCCUGUGACCCACUUCGCAUUUUUCUCUACAAUGACGGACUGGUCCGCAUGGGCACAGAGAAGUACCAUGCACCCAGUGAGGCCAAUCUGAGCCAGCUCUACAUGCAUCUGACCAACUACUCAGUCAACAAACACAAUGAGAACUUUGAGCGAGACGAGACAGUGGACAAAGGCAGUAAGAGGUCCAUCAGUUGGUUCACCGAGUUCCUGCGCACCAACGACUACGAUGUGGCCAAAUUCUGGGGAGACGUCUCUGAGCUGGUGGUGAAGACUAUAAUAGUGGCUGAGCCCCACGUCCUGCACGCCUAUCGCAUGUGUCGCCCCGGCCAGCCACCAGGGAGCGACAGCGUCUGCUUUGAGGUCCUGGGCUUUGACAUCAUCUUAGACCGCAAACUCAAACCCUGGCUACUGGAGAUCAAUCGAGCUCCGAGCUUUGGGACCGAUCAGAAGAUUGAUUACGACGUGAAGAAAGGGGUGCUGCUCAAUGCUCUUAAACUCCUCAACAUUCGAGCCAGUGAUAAGAAACGCAACCUGGCCCAGCAAAAGGCAGAGGCUCAGCGACGGCUCUAUGGCCACGGCUCCAUGAAGAAACUCUCAGCUGCUUCCUCAGACUGGGAGAAACAACGUCAUACACUGGAGCGUAGGAGGGAAGAGCUGAAAGAGCGACUGGCACAGGUCCGCAAGCAGAUCUCCAGGGAUGAGCAUGAAAAGCAACAUCUGGGGAACUACAGGCGUAUUUACCCCCCAGACGACAAGUUGCUGUUGGAGAAGUAUGAAAGCCUGCUCUCAGCCGCCUUUCAGACCUUCCUUGCCGGGCGAGCUGCCUCACUUCAAAAGGAAAUGAAUAAUCCUCUGAAACGAAUGAAGGAGGAGGACAUUUUGGAUCUGCUGGAGCAAUGUGAACUGGACGACGAGAAGCUGAUGGGCAAAUCCUCCAGGCAACGAGGCCCUAAGCCCAUGACCGCCAUGCCAGAAUCCAGUCAGACACCAAGGCGUCAACGACCGGACUACCUGGCCGACUUCACCAGCGGCAGCAGCGGUGAUGACUCCUGCUCCUCCUCAGACGAAGAAGUAGAGGAGGAGAGGAGGAGAGCCGGAGGAGGAAGAGGAGGUGAGAAGAGGGAGAAGAAAGUUUCCUACGACCUUGGGGAGAGCAAGGAGAAGAAUUUGGCUGAGCGCUCAGGUCGCAUGCACUGGAAACCUCCAAUCAAGUCGCUCAAACCCAGCCCCGCCCCCUCUGCUUCCCCAACACUUUCUGGUCCAAUCAGGCGCUCCAUCUCCUGCCCUCGCUCCAUUGCCUCCCUCUCGUCGCCCAAUGAGGUGCGGGCAUUGUCCACCAGGCCUUCGCCCACAGUUCCCAUGGCCACUCACCUCAUCAGGCCGAGCUCCGCCACGCUGCGCUCUCACUCGCUAAGCCGCAGUGGCUCCGCCCACCGUGUGCCUCACAGCAACAGCCUGGGGACCAUCCACUCCAACAUAGGCGAUCCGCUGAUAAACCUAAGGAGCAAAGAGCAGGAGGCCGAGCUGGUGCGUCAGACUCUGGCCGUACUCACCGCCAUGAGGAUCAGGUUUCCAGGCAAAACUGAGGAGGAGGCAGAGGCUGUUCUGGAUGAGAUCCUAGACAACUGGAAAUACCACAAAUCAAAGGUGGCCUCCUAUUGGCUAGUGAAGCUGGACUCUACCAAACAGCGGAAGGUGUUGGACAUUGUGCGUACCAAUGUACGCUCAGCACUGCAACGGAUCUGGAGGGAGCCGGACGUAGAAAGUCUCCACCUCUACCGGCUCUUUAACCGCGUCUUCAACCGGCUUCUCUGGAGUCAUGGCCAGGGCCUGUGGAACUGCUUCUUGAACACCGGUUCAUCGUGGGAGACCAUCUUCAGUAAGAGCAGCGAGGUGGUGUCACCCCAGGAGCUGCAGUGCUGCCGCAGGCUGGUCCAGCUGUGCCGAGACUGCCUGUUGGUCGUCUACAAGUUUGUCUCAGAGUCCCGUGGCUCUCUGACCGGACUCAGCCCUGAAUGGGACGACACCAGGUAUCUGCUGCCAGUGACCUCCCAGUUCAUCAUGAAGUGGCCUUCGUCCAGCUUUGGCCGCAUCUCCUCGGCCGUUCCACACUCAAGCAGCCUUUUCGCCGCCAGGAUGGGCCACUUCUGAGGUCACCGUGGCAACCCUGGCUUCCGACACCUCGCCUUUUGACCUCAACUUUCCUCCCUUGACUCUCACGCAGCCAAACUCUGAUCUCAACAAGUCCGGUACGGAUCUGAUCUCUAGGUAGCUCUGGACACCUGACGGAGCCUCAACAGGGGCCAAA